AUGGAGAAAGCGAGCAAGAGAGAGAUUGCGAAAGUAGAGGAUUUAAGUCUAAUAAUAGAAAAGGGUUACAUCGCAUCCAGGAUCCUCUCCCGAAGAGCCUGCUACGUCAUGAAGAUGAACCAUGAUGCCAUCCCUGCUCUGGACCAACUCAAACGGUUCAUCUAUGAGAGGAAGGCUCUGAAGACCAUGUCCUCCACUGAUUAUACCUGGGUCAAGUACAACCCGCUGGAGUCUUGGUUCACAGACAUGAAAUGGUUCUUUUUGGGGUCACCCAUCGAGCAACUCUGCAAACACCUCCCCUUGUACAAGGCAGAAGUGGUUGAAAAGCCUCAUGAUGCCGGUGCUCAUGGCUGCGUAAAGGCUGGCCUCCUGGGCAUCCUUGGGAUUUCCAUCUGUGGAGGCAUCGAUGUUUAAGCC